GCUUAAAAAACAUCAUCCUCUCGAUCCGAUCGAGAGAUCGUCUUUGUUUCGGUCGGUACGUAAGCUUUUUUCCAGUGCACGCAGUGAAGCUGACGCGUGUGGAAGUGCUGCGCGCGCGAUCGUCGCGACGAAAUUGCGUUGCACAAUUGAUCGAUUUGUUCGUCACGAAUUUCUUGUCGGUGAUUUUUUGCAUCCCGCCCCUGUGUGUCUCAAAAAUAAUAAUACAUUUUUUUUACAUUCUCGCUUCACAUAUACCAACGUCAAGGAAGUAAAUGUCACAAAGUUAGAUAACGACACAGUGCGUUUCGCAUUUCAAUUGCGAGUGGUAAACAAUGCAGUUUUUCGCGCACACACAUAAAUAACAACAACACAAUUGGGAAAAACGCGAGUAAAAUUUGUCUCGCAACAUACACAAAUUUGUACAAAGUUAUUUGUAUUUGUUUAGGACGCUGUACAGGAAGUGAGAAAGUGUUAGUGUUAGUGUGUGUGUGUGUAUGUACGAUUUGCAUACACACCCGUCGUAAUAUCAUACAUUUGCACGGAAAAAGAAAAGAGAAGAUUUUACGUGUCAGCAUUUCUGACGCUUCGCGGAGAGACUGUCGUUUUUACGACAGGCGCUCGAAUGUCAUAUUUUGAAGUUGAAAACGAAAUAACGGAAAUAAGAGAAAAGAUAUCGAGUACAAAAAUAUGGAUGCGACAGACGGUAAAACGUUAUUCGCAUCGGAUGUGUACAAGGAGCUCAAAGAUUUUCCUCCGUUGGUCGGAGAACCGGAAAAGGAUUUGGGCAAAAAUUGGAACGCGUGGAGGCUGAAGCUGUUGUCUUUUCUUCAGAAUAAAAAAGUGUAUACGAAACAACGGAUUCACAUCUUAUGGAUGGUGAUCGGACCGGCGGGAUGUCAGGCGGCGAAGUAUGUCUAUCCUCGAAGCGGCGAUCAGGCGCAGGAUUUCGAAUUGCUAUUGCACGAUUUAGACGUGUACUUUAUCUUCGGAUCCAGAAGGAAGCAAAACAACGAAAGUGUCGAUCAGUACAUCGACAGCUUGACGCUUCUUGCGAUCGCGAGCAAUCACAACGAUCCCGUCGGCGUCGUGAAGGAGAAACUUGUGCGGGACAUCACGAGAAUCAGAUUCACGGGAAGAGCCAUUCCUUUUGUUCAAUCCAAAGGAAAGAACUUGUUGUUGUAUUUGCAACAGCAGGAUCUUAACCAGAUCGCAUUGUUUUGGAAACAGUACGAGGAACUAAUGACGCGGACGCCCGCCGAUAAUCGCUCGUCUUCGCUUACGCGCUACACUUCCGAAACGUUCGAAUGCGUUCGUUGCGGUUCGCGCCACGCGAGAAAUCGAUGUCCGGCUUACGGUCGACAGUGCGACAAGUGUAAGGAAUACAAUCAUUUCGUGCAAUGCUGCAGGGCGCGAUACGUGACCGAUUGUCCCAAGUGCGGGACGAGUCACUUUCAGUCGCGCUGCAUCGCGCACGGCGCAACUUGCGAGAAGUGCGGCAAGAUGAAUCAUUUCUCGUCGUUCUGCACGGGUCAGUUUUUAGAGGAUUGUCCGCGAUGCGGCCAGGAUCACGUCGCGACCGCUUGUCCGGCGAUAAAUAAAAUAUGUUCCCGUUGCAACAAGCCGAAUCAUUUCGAGAACAAAUGCAUAAGUCAGUCGAACGGAAUCAAGCAUACAAAACAAAGCGUAUACAAUCGUUUAUUCCGCUCGUAAUAAACACAAGUUCUCGUUGCAGAAUUCAAAUAAUAAUAAUAAUAAUAAUAAUAAAACCAUCUGUCAAAAGUAAAGCUACGCGCGAUUUAAAAAAACACACGUGUCAUUAUUUUUUGUUCAAUUUUGUAUGCUGUUUUGCGACUUACAUGUAAUUUU